AUGGACGAAGCUUAUAAAGCCUUUAAAAAUGUAAUAGACACGCAGACGUCUCCAGAUCAGUGUUCCUUGUACGGAGAACUCCUUGCUACAAAACUGAGGGCCCUUGAUGCAGAUACUAGAGAAAUGGCAAUGAUUGAGAUUGACUUGUUAGUUUAUCGUUUAAAACACAGAUACAAUGAGAGUACUAAACAGCAUUUUGGCCACGUGAAUCUUCAAAACGUUCCAAUUCAGUCAACAGCUCCUUUUCCUCACAACUCCAGUCAAUAUCAGCAAGUUAAUUUUGAGCCGGUUUUUCAACACACGUGUAGAAGACCUUUGUCAUCAGCUUCAUCACACCACUCAUUGCUUUCAAACCAUUAUUUUUUGUCUUCAAAUUCACCUUCUCAUUCACCUCAUGCGCCAAUAUUGUCUGAACAACAUCUUCCAACCACAUUACCCUCAGCAGCCCAACAAGUUCACAUUCAACCAACCCUAUUGCCCUUGACGUCACCAUAUGCUGCGAAUUACUCACAACAUUCAACAACUACAUUACCCUCGACAUCUGCUGCAACCAGACAAAGCUUCUCAAACUCCUCAAGUGAAAAGGAAAUUGUACUUGAUACGUAUGGAGACCCAUAUGAAGACUACUGA